AUGGCCAAUCAAAAUAACCUAUUUGUUGUUAUCAGGUUAAUGUUGUGUAUAUCUAAUUCAAAAAUAAUGAUAUAUUAUUUUCUUAAUCUUUUGUACGUAGGCAGAGGAGACGAAGAUGACUACAAACAAUACCAUACUGCUCAUCCUAUAACAAUUAACCAAAUCAACAAGAAAACAAAUUUCUACAAACCAAAGUAUAAACACACCAAAAAAAGGGUUUUGAUCACUAUUUAUACCCUUUUUAUUCUCAUUGGUAACACAAGUGCAACUCUCUUGGGAAGACUUUAUUUUGACAAAGGUGGAAAAAGCAAAUGGAUGGCUACCUUAGUACAAUCACUUGGUUUUCUUCUUUUCAUUCCCUUAAAAUUCAUCUUCUCACCCUCAAAAACAACCCUAAAUAGUCCUUCACAACUUAAACUAUCUUUGUUAUACUUGACUUUUGGCCUCUUUUUAACCGGGGACAACUUAUUGACCUCAUAUGGGCUCAUAUACCUCCCCGUCUCUACCUACUCUUUGUUGUGUGCCUCGCAACUAGCCUUCAACGCGAUCACAUCCUUCUUUAUAAACGCGCAAAAAUUCACUGCUUUAAUCAUUAAUUCAGUUGUAAUCCUCACCAUCUCGGUUUGUCUCUUAGCCAUUAAUUCAAACGAUGAGAACAAUAUGGGCAAUUAUAACCCUAAUGGAAAGUAUGUUCUAGGGUUUUUAUGUACUAUUGGUGCAUCCGCAACAUAUUCUUUAAUGAUGUCCUUGAUACAAUAUUCUUUCGAAAAAUUGAUAAAAGAUGAGAGUUUUAACACUAUUGUAUGUAUGCAGCUUUAUCCUUCAUUUGUCUCGAGUUGUGCUUGUAUUCUAGGGCUCUUUGCUAGCGGAGAAUGGAAGACAAUUAAGACGGAAAUGAGGGAAUUCAAGUUAGGGAGAGCUCCCUAUGUGAUGAUAUUAACUUGUACGGCUAUAGGUUGGGAAAUUUUCUCAUAUGGGUUAUUAGGGUUAAUUUUUGAGAUUUCUUCACUUUUUUCUAAUGUGAUUACUACUUUGGCUUUGCCAUUAACCCCUAUUUUUGCGGUAGUGUUCUUUCAUGAUAAGAUGAAUGGGGUGAAGAUCAUUGCUUUGGUAUUGGCUAUUUGGGGAUUUUUUUCUUAUAUCUAUCAACAUUAUUUGGAAGAAAUUGAAGCUAAUAAAGCACAAAAACAAAAUGGGAAUGAAGUUGAUCUUGAUGUAAGCUUAGAGAUGUGCUAAUCAUGCAUAUGUUUGAGAGGUUGUACAUAGAAUUAUGAUUUUAUGAUGUAUUUUUGUGAUUUUAUGAGAAAUGAAAUGAUCUUUUAGAUCAAAAAUGGUCAAUUAAAUCGAAUCUUAUGGGAAAAGUAGUAUAUACUCUAACUGAGACAGAAUCAUUUCUCAAAAGUAAAUGUCAUAUAUUUAUAAUUAGCAAAAAUCGAUUUUAAUUAUUAUACUAAGUUGUAUUCAAAAUUUUUAAAUCACACUAGGAUGCAUAUUUGAAUGUACUUGGAUGCAACCAAAGCAACUACCCUUGAGUCUCUAAGAUUUGGCUUUUAUUACUUUUUCACACUAUUUAAAUUUAAUUGUUAAUUCUUUGAUUAUAUAUAAUAAAACUUAUAAAAAAUAAUAUUAAUAAUUCUUGAACGUUGUAAAAAAUAAUUGUUCCAAAAUAUGUGGGACUGAGUAUAUAAUAUUAUUUAUGAUAAUCAAGCAUAUGUAGACGAUAAUCAAACAAUUGAGGUAGGUAAUAGUGCACGGGUGUAUAAUGUAUAUGCAUGUCCACUCA